AGCGGCGGCGGGACGCGAACUUGAGACCCCCGGGAGCGCCCCCCUCCACUACCACCGGCACCGCCGAGCCGGGGGGGGCGGAGCUACACGAUAAGCCCCGCCCCACCGCCCCGCCCGCAGCCAAUAGCGGAGCUCCCCACCCGUCCCGUCCCGCGGCGGGCCGCGCCCAGCCCAGCCGAGCGGAGCCGAGCGCGGCCGGACCGGACCGAGCGGAGGCGAACGGCGGCGGAGCGGGGCCGAGCGGUGCCGGGUCGGUUCGGGUCAGAUCGGAGCGGCUCGGCCCGGGGCGGGGGGGCCCGGCUGCCCCCGCUCCGCCCCGCCGCGGCGCCUUUGUCCCGCCCGGGCUGCUGCGCUCGGGCUGGGGGCGCGGGCGGUGCUGUGCGCCGGGCUGGGGGCUGCAGGAGCGGGAGGAUGACGGCGGGGGGGUGCUGCACCCCCUGCCCCGCCGGCUUCGGCACCACUGAGCCCUGUGGCCGCGCUGACACCCACUGCCAGCCCUGCACCCACAGUGAGAACCUGGAGGGCGCAGACAUGGAGCCAGUGACAGGGGACCCCCGUGUCACCCCCACCUUGGUGCCACCGCCACCCGAGGCCGGCGGCAAGGACAUCAUCCCUGUCUACUGCUCCCUCCUGGCUGCCGUGGUGGUGGGACUCCUCGCCUACGUGGCCUUCAAGUGCUGGCACACGUGUAGGCAGAAGCAGCAGCUGGCCAAGGCACGGGCAGGGGAUGUGGGGACAGUGCCUGAGGGCGAGAAGCUACAGGGUGACAGCGGGGUCUUCCUCGACACCCCCAGCCUUCAGGAGCCCCCCCAGCACGCGCCCCCGGCCGCCCCCGCGCAGGGCCCGGUGCCGCCGCAGCGGCGGGAGGAGCUGGAGCGGCUGCUGGAGCGGGGCGGGCCCGGGGGCGACUGGCGCGGCCUGGCCGCUCGCCUGGGCUUCGGGCCCGACGCCAUCGGCGCCUUCGCCCGCAGCCGGGCGCCCGCCCGCGCCCUGCUCAGCGCCUGGGCCGGGGCCGAGGGCGCCACGCCGGAGGCCUUGUGCCAGGCCCUUGCCGCCAUCGGCCGCCACGACGCUGCGCGGCGCUUGGUGGCACCCGGGGACGCCACCUCUGCCCUGUGACCGCCACGGCCCCCUGGGGGGCUCGCUGCCCGCGCCCCACUGCAUCGUGCCUCUGUAAAGCGAGGGUGUGCUGGGGGGCAUUAAACGUGUCAUCAUGUGUCA